AUGCUCGGUUUGAAGGCUUAUAACUGGACGCUGGAGUCGCCAUUCAGAGGAGCGCCUCGGACCAUACUCAAGGCUAACCGUUCCGCUGCUUGGCUAAAGAAGGCUCUUGUCUUUGGUGUGUUAUUCACAUGUAACAUUACUACUGCCACUGUUAUUUAUCUGAAAAUAAGGUUCCUUGCUCAAGUAAAGAAUGUGCACUCGCAGGCGCGGGAGUGUGGCCGCGGAAUCCGUUACGUCCGAGGGAGCCGAGAGAACCGGAGGAGCCGAGGGAGCCGAGAGAGAGACAAGGGUGAGUCAAAGGAGAGCAGCAAGGGAGCCGAGAGAACCGGAGGAGCCGAGGAGGAGCCGAGGGAGCCGAGAGGGACCAAGGGUGAGUCGAAGGAGAGCAGCAAGGGAGCCGAGAGAACCGGAGGAGCCGAGGAAGCCGAGAGAGAGACAAGGGUGAGUCGAAGGAGAGCAGUGAGGGAGCCGAGAGAACCGAAGGAGCCGAGGGAGCCGAGAGGGACCAAGGGUGAGUCGAAGGAGAGCAGUGAGGGAGCCGAGAGAACCGGAGGAGCCGAGGGAGCCGAGAGAGAGACAAGGGUGGGUCGAAGGCAAGCAGCAAGGGAGUCGAGAGAACGGGAGGAGCCGAGGAGGAGCCGAGGGAGCCGAGAGGGACCAAGGGUGAGUCGAAGGAGAGCAGUGAGGGAGCCGAGGGAAAGCAGUGAGGGAGCCGAGAGAGAGCCAAUGGGGAGCCGAGGGAGAGCAGUCUGGGAGCCGAGAGGGAGCCAUUGGGGAGCCGAGGAAGGCGAGGUGGAGCCGAGAGGAGGCCGAGAGGGGGCCGAGAGGGGGCCGAGAGGGGGCCGAGAGGGGGCCGAGAGGGGGCCGAGAGGGGGCCGAGAGGGGGCCGAGAGGGGGCCGAGGAAGCACCCACAGCAAAAGGUACACUACAUCGAAAGGAGCAGGCGGCAGGACGGCCAGCAAUGA